AUGCCAGAGAAACUCGUUAAGGCUCUGGAUGCAGUUCUGGUAACUCAAAAGCUUAGUAUUGAUCUUAUUUCAAAUACCUUUGAUGCUAAAUUCAAAGAUUUAUCGAAACAAUUUGAUGCAAUAAAAGAUCUAAUAAUCUCCUUGCAUUCGACCAACAACAACUCGAGUGCAAAUAACCUUAACGCUGUGAAUGCUGAUAUGAUAGCUGCGGAAUUCAAUGCCAGAAAAACUGCUGCUAAUAUUUCUUACAACAAUAACUACUAUUGUUCCUCGCCUGGUGUUUUGGAGUUUUCCGCUGUCCCUCAUGCAUUUAAUUCGCCUCGGGCACAGUUUGUCAGUAACGUUAACGGUAUCUCUCCCGCUCAUUUGGAUUCUGCUGUGACAAUCGCUACAGCUGUCAAUACAAUUGUAACUAACGAUAGCACAUACACCUCUAUUACUGCGCCUACAUCGCUGUCAGCCGUUGCUCUUCAAUCUACACCAGCUGUCUCUCUUAGCACUGCUUCUACUAGACCAUCUUGCUCGUCGUUCGCUGAUGCUGUUUUGUUGUCUAAUACUAAUACUAAUAUUAAUACUAAUACUAGUUCGCAUGGCUCUAAUACUGUACGACAAGUUGGUGGCCUCAUGGAUGCAAAUACUGACGCGGAUUGCACUGUCAAUUUACCUGCUGUUACCACUACCACCACGAAGCCGUCAACCCCGUGCACUGCUAAUGCUGUUGUUGCUGCCAAUACAUCUUUACCUGGUAUGAGCUACGCUGCUGCUGCCGCUGCUGGCACUAAUUCCGUGCAAUCGAAUGGAAUUCGCUCUGUUAGGUCUCCUGCCGGUGCUGUUGCGGAAAUCAACACCGAUGAUUCUUAUAAUUCAAUUACAAAUUACGCUGCUGCUGCUGAUACAAUUUCUGUGCAAUCUAAUGUUAAUCAUGCUUUAUCGCCUACCCAUCUUUCUACUAAUUCCGCAGUGAGCGACAUUGCCUGUGAUAAUCCAAAUGCAAACACUUUAACUGCAUUAGGGUGUGCCAAUAUGCGUUUACCUAUUAAUACAGCCGCUUCGCCUUCUACACGCAUUAAUAAUCUAAAUGAUAUCGGGGCUAAUCUACCUCGUAAUAAUAAUGCUAAGAAAGUGAAUGAUCUGCGGGUUUUUGGAUCCAGUACUAACGCUGAUCUUAAGGUUGCCGAGCAUUUAAAGUGGCUUCAUCUCGCCUCGUUUAUGCCAUCAGUGGAGACUGAUGAUAUUCUUAUAUAUGUUGAAAAACAUUCGGGCAUCUCUAAAAACCUUUUAUCCUGUUUCAAACUUGUAAAGAAGGAUGCGGCAACUGAGUCUCUAAAACAUGUGAAUUUUAAAUUGGGUGUUCCUGAAGGGCUCUUUCGUAAGCUGCUUAUGCCCGAAAUCUGGCCUGCCAAUGUUACGGUUCGUCCUUUUCGUUUUUUACAAAGAAAGGAAAAACAGUCUCAACCAGCCUAG